CGGCAACGCUUCAGCCCGCAUCAAGAGUCGACAUUCUGUACCAUUUUGUCAUGACAGGUUCUUUUCCGGUUUGUUUCUCAAACGUAUUAGACCACGAUGAGAACGAUCAACUCAAAUCAAACGGUCACCAUCCCUAAGGGUGUUUCUGCCAAAGUGCACGCCCGCGUCGUGACAGUAUUUGGACCCCGCGGUAAGCUUUCCAAGAGCUUCCGGCAUUUAGCCAUGGAUAUCUACAAGGUGUCAAAAAAGAAGCUGAUGGUUGAGAAAUGGUUCGGAGCCAAGAAGGAAAUCGCUGCCGUUCGCACUGUUUGCUCACACAUCGAGAAUAUGAUUAAAGGUGUGACGAAAGGAUUCCAGUACAAAAUGCGUGCUGUGCAUGCUCAUUUCCCCAUCAAUUGUGUUAUCAGCGAGAACAACAGCUUAGUGGAAAUCCGUAAUUUCCUCGGCGAGAAGCAUAUCCGUCGCGUUAAGAUGCAGCCAGGAGUGACCGUAGUCAACUCGGCGAAACAGAAGGACGAAUUGAUCCUUGAGGGUAACGAUAUUGAGGCCGUUUCCCUUUCCGCUGCAUUGAUCCAACAGUCCACCACCGUUAGGAACAAGGAUAUCCGUAAGUUCUUGGAUGGUCUGUACGUGUCGGAGAAGACUACUGUCGUGCAGGACGAAGAAUAAACAUAAUAUUUUUCUUGUAAUAUGGAUAUGAGAAGUGGAGUGCAAAGAGAAGAAAAGUUUAAAAAGAGGAAAAAUGUGUAGUUUGAGUUGUGUUAUGAGAAAUUGUUUAUCGUCGGGUAAAUUAAUAUAGAGCUUGCCAGUGGAAGACA